GGAAGUCACAUGUCAUGAUCAUCAGUAGAGCGAAAAAGAGAAACAGGCAGCUUGAGCACAGGAGGGAAGUUCAGGUGGACAAACACUCAGAGCAACUCACCACCCGACCGCGCCCAAUAAUCAAUGGCAGCGUCAGUCCAGACUCUUCCUCUGACCCGAAGCCCCAACAAGACCUUCCGCAGCCCUUUCCCAGCCUCGCCUCACUCCCCGCGCUGCAGCAUGGGAAGCGUAGGGAGCCUGGUGGAAAGGCCCGACGUGUCUCCGACUAAAAGCAACCGCGCCGUGCCACAGGUGAGACCCAAACAGACCAACGGCCUCCUGAAGAAGGGCUUCACCCAGAGAGAGCUGCUCAACUACCUCAACAUCUCCAGAAAAGAGCACAAAGCGAGCGGCGACGGCAAGAAGGACAUUAUCUCUGGCCUCAGCUCUGUCAGUGGUUGCGAGGACGACAGCGUUUUUGGGAAAGUCUACAAAAAAGACGGCACCGAGAUAGAUUUGACAAAGAACUCACUGCCAAGUGGGGGCAAGUAUGAGAAGGGUCGUUUCAGGUCUUCCGCCUUCAAGCCAGUCACGCCCAAGAACUUCAGCUCCAUGCAAAACCUCUACCCGUCUUCCAAGUCAGAAGACAUGGAUCACGGCAUCUCCAACGGGCUGCACAGAGCGUACGCCCACAUCCCCAAGGCCGUGUCCACCUCCUCCUCCUCCUCCUCGCCCUCCCGUCACGGAGGACCCACGUCGAGUGGCAACAAGGCCCUGUCCUCGGUGCGUGGGACGAGUCAGGAGGACGACAACCUGUCAGACUCGGGGCAUAACUCCAUGAGCAGCCUGCCGCCGUACCGGUCUCCCUUCCGCCCACACCUGGCUCACAUCAGUGCAUCUAUGGGUCACAUCAACACCAUCGGCUCUCUGGAACGCCCUCCUCUGGGCCUGAAGGCUGUCGGGACGGUGGGAGUGCCGAUUGGCGAGAUGGCCUGUCGGAGCAUGGCCACCCUGAGCCGCCUGGCGCCGUACGGAGGCGAGGCUCCGCCUCCUUACGAAUGGACGCUGUCCCUCUCCGUGGAGGAAGUGGUGCGGGAUCUGGAGGAGCGCCUGGUGGAGAAAGAGCUUGAACUCAAACAGAUGAAAAGAAACCUGGAUGAGAGCGAGGGCGCCAUCGCUCAGGUUUUCGAAGGGAAGCAGCGUCUGUGGGAGAAGGAGGUGGAGGAGCUGAAGCGGCUGUACGCCGCCAAGCUGCGCCAGGUUUCCCAGCAUGCCCAGCGCUCCCAGCGCAGCCUGCAGCUGCAGCUGUUCCGGGUUCAGCAGGAGAAGAGCCGACUGCAGGAGGAGCUGGACGGCCUGAAGAGGGAGAUGAACCAAGAGGCUGGAGCCGUGCCAAAGCACACCAGUCCGACUCUGGAGGAGACGCAGUGGCAGGUUUGUCAGAAGUCAGGGGAGAUCUCCCUGCUGAAGCAGCAGCUGAGGGACUCCCAGGCCGAGGUCACCCAGAAGCUGAGUGAGCUCUUCCAGCUCAAGACGCAGCUCAGGGAAGCCCGGACGGAGCUGCGCAACCGAGAGGGCCAGAUUGACGCUCUGAAGCUCGUCCUGCAGGGGACGCAGCGGCGCCAGUGUCUCUCUCAGAACGCACUCGAGGACAGAAAAGGAGGCGAAGAAAGUCCAGCCCCGGGAGCAGCAGGGGGCGGCGGGGGCCCGACCGAGGAGCGCCUGCGCGCGGAGCUGCUGCUGGAGCGGCGCCAGAGCGAGGCCCAGGCCAUGGCUUUCGAGGAGGAGAGGCACACAUGGCAGACGGAAAAAGACAAGGUCAUCCGCUACCAGAAGGAGCUGCAGGCCAGCUACCUGGACAUGUACCACCGCAACGAGGCGCUCCAGAGGGAGCUGCACCAGCUGAGGGCCGGCAGGGAGCGGGGCGGAGGGGGACCCGGGGGGGAAGCGGGGAGCCGAACCGGGACGUUGGAGCGGGAGGUGGCGGAGCUGAGUGGCGAGAGGGCGGGCGAGCAGCAGGAAGACACGCAUUCCCCCGGACUGCCGUGGAUAGAGAGGAUCGAAUCGUCUGAAAUCUGAACGAGACCAGCUUGUUUGCAAUGCAAAGUGUUCCCCUGCUGAAGUCUGGAGUGUUUGGGGCGUGUGUCUGCCGGGACAUGAUACAGUUUCAACGUGAUGAUCAGCAAGUUUUACCUCCGAGGCAAAAUGCAAGGAAGGUUUGAUUAUAAAGCUUCGUUCAGGGACAAGUCAGUUUAAAAUGAAUCACAAUAACAUUCAAAUGAAACACCGGGGGGAAAAAAUUGCACCUGGAUUUCAGAUAAAAGUAAGGGACAGUUUAAGUUGUAAUCGAAAAGACAUUUAAAACCAGAUUUAAAGAUUCAGGUGAUCUUAGCAUAUCUGCUCCACUGGUCCGCUGCAGUAAACAGCCGUGGUUCAAGCUUUUAUUUGAAUGGGCUGACAGUCUCAGUCCGCCUCAGGUAUUCUGGACGUUUGUUCCACAGGUGGCGAACAGAGAAACU